CACAUCAAUGUCACAAGACAAUUUCGGUAGAACAAGUAAGGGAACUAGAAAUAGAAGAGGCUCGGAUUAUUUCAAUCCCACGGCGAUGUCGGAGGAUCCUAACAUCAGUGUCCUCCCUCGUCUCAGUUCUCUCUCUAGAAACUCAACUCUGCCGUCUCGUCACUUCCACAGACCGUCUCCUUGGCACUCACUCCCACCCGAAGAAGCUCUCAUUAGGAGUCUAUCGGCUCCUGAAGAGCAAAAGAGCUCUCAAGCUUCUCUAGUCUUUCCAAGACUCUCGUCUACCCCGCCCACGCAAACUGGGAGGAACCAAUCACAACAAUAUUCGUUCAUGGAGGGCCACGUUGUUCCUAGUAGACAUCAAGUACUUCCACCAUUGGAGACACGUGAAAACAGAAGAGGAUAUACAGAGAGAAAUUUUGAAGAGACGAGAAGGCAAACAGCAUGUCAUACACGUGAUUAUCCGGGACAUCCAGAACAGGGUUACACAUACCCGUCACAACAUUAUUCGGGUAAUUGGAACGGUAUACCUAGAUACCCCAAUACUAUUCCUACUUUUCCUAAUUCGUAUAUGCCGUAUGGAUAUGGUUUUGGGAUUCCUGCAGCAGGUCCUUGGACGUAUUCAUAUCCAAAUGUGCCUUUCGUUCCACAUUGGAUGGCUCCCUUUCUACCAAAUCAACAACAACACAUAAACACAGUUGUACCACAUCGUUCGUUUGCUACUUGUCGACCAUAUGGCUACGUGAGAAGACGACACUGGGCUCAGAUCUCAAAACGAGAGGCAGCCACUAUAAUACAGAAAACAUUUAGAGGGCAUCGUGUUCGGGAACGGAUCAGAUACUUGAAAUACAUCAGCAGAAAAAGAGUCGCAUAUGAAUUGGUCGAGCAGCUGAUCGAUGAGUAUGUUUCAUCUGAAGUCAUACCCGAUCUUCUGAUUGAGAUUCUGAAGGAAUAUGAAGCACACGGAGGUCUUGAUCCAGAUGACCCAGCCACCGCAGUGACUGUAAUUGUGUGCGAAGAGUUCAUCGCUGAUUGUAUUCCCAAGAUAUCGCGAGAUGCAAUAAUAGAAGCCAACGAUGAAAUCGUCCAAGAAUACAUGCUGAACAGUUGGCAUAGGACAACCGAUCCGCUUACUGCUAUUUGUGAAGAAAUGAUUGAAUCAUAUUUACAGAAAGAAGUAAAUGAUUUGGUACAUGAUGUAACUCAAAGUAUCGUCGAAGACCAUUUGGCAGUCUCUCGAGCCGAGAGCUGUCUAGAUCAGCUAAUACAAGACACAUGUAGUCCUCUCAUUGAAGGAAUUGUGAGCAGGAGUCUUCACGAAUGUCACGUUGAGCACGUUCUUGACGAGAUAACAGAUGACGUCGCGAUUCCACUGCUUCGCGGCUGCAUCAGUGCUGCUCUUCAGGAAUGUGGAGACGACAUUAGACAGCAGCAAGUGAGUGCUGUUUCUAACUUCGCAACCAGUAGGUUACUGGAUAGUUUGAUCUUACAACAACUGCUUGGUCAUGUGUCCGACUGUGGGGAUUCAUUCACAUUUAGACUAUUUUCGCAGCGAUUUUUGGAUGCUACGUUAGCAGGAUUUCUGCUACAGGAACAUUGGAAUGUGUAUGACCAUUGCAUUCGUACGGACAAAAAUUUUGCACUAAAGAAGCUUCACGGUGUUAUGUUUGAUGACAUAGCUGUAGCUGCAUUGACUGAACUCAUUGCUUCUCAUCUUGAUGAGGAUAUGGAAGACAUUCAUGAACAACAAUUAAAACAAAUUUCUUAUUUAGACGUACAAUGAGUACUUCAAAUUUAUUAACUUUUAUUUUUUAUUUAUGUAACGGCGAUUACUUGCAAAUUUUUGGAAACUGCUAAUAUAUUAAUGGUAAUGGAUGUAUUUGUUAAUGGUUCUACAAAUGUUUGCUAUAGGACACAUUACAAUGUAGUGGUUGUGGAAUAAUGCACUUGCAGAUUUCAAAUAUAUUUUAUGGAUUGAGUAUACAUUGUCACAAUGUAUAAGGCUACUUCAAUAUAUGACUCUGU